CGCACCCUUCUGUGGUGACACUGAACUGCAGGCCCAACCGUCAGAGAGGAAGUUACAGUUAGUUCGUUUGCUACUAGCCGGCUAACUUGCUAAAAAAAAAAAAAGAAAAAAAAGUAAACAAGUCUGUGGGAUGAGAUUAAAAUUCAACCGCGGAACAAAGUAGCUUGUCAGCCAUGAAGGAAGACAAGGAAAACACUCGGCCGAAGGAUAAAAAAGUGGAAAUAAAGUGUGAAGAUGGAGAAAAGACGGAGAAGUCUAAGGAAAAGAAAGAGACCAUGACAAAGAUUGUGAUCAGACGAUUACCACCAAGUCUGACCAAGGAGGAGCUGGAGGAGCAGCUACAACCGCUGCCAGAACUGGACUACCUGGAGUUUUUCUCCAACGACACCAGCCUUUACCCUCACCUCUUCGCAAGGGCUUACAUCAAUUUCAAAAAUCAAGAGGAUAUAGUCCUCUUCAGAGAUCGGUUUGAUGGAUAUGUUUUCAUCGACAACAGAGGACAGGAGUAUCCUGCCAUUGUGGAGUUUGCACCCUUUCAAAAGACUGCCAAGAAGAGAAGUAAGAAAAAGGAUGCAAAAUGUGGAACAAUUACUGAAGAUCCCGAUUACAAGAAGUUCCUGGAAUAUUAUAACGGAGACGAAGAAAAGUUGACAUCAACACCUGAGACCCUGUUGGAAGAGAUUGAGGCAAAAUCAAAGGAACUUGUAGCUAAAAAAACAACUCCUCUGUUGGACUUCCUGAAAAAUAAACAGAGGCUCAGGGAGGAAAAGAAAGAAGAGAGAAAGAGGAGGGAGCUUGAACGCAAGCGUCUGCGGGAUGAGGAGCGUCGUAAGUGGAGGGAGGAGGAGAGAAGGAAGCGCAAGGAGGCCGAGAAAAUGAAGAGACUUGAGAAACCGCAGGAGAAAGACAAGGACCAAGUUAAAGAAGAACCCAAAAUUAAGCUCCUGAAGAAGCCAGACAGAAGUGAUGAUGCUGAUCCUGAAAAACCCAAGGAGAAGGCCAAGAAACCAGAGAAGCCAAGUAAAGAGGACCGAUCCAUGGGGACUGCUGAUCAUAAGAGGCGCCAUAACAUUGAAAAUAAGGAGGACCGAGGAAGGAAAGUGGAUGAUGACGGGCGGAAGGAGUUCAAGGAGCGUGAUGCAGAUCGAGACAGAGAGCGAGAACGGGAGAAGGAGCGGCGACAGAAAGAGAAGGAGCGCAUCAGGCGACAGGACGAAGAUCGGCGAAGAAGGAGAGAACGGCAGGAUGGAGAGAACUCAUGCAGGAAGCGGGAGGACGAGGUGAAAAAAGAAAAAGAGCGUGCCUUGGAGAAGAAAAAAGGUGAAUAUAUUGGAGACUCCACUCACUCCGACAGGCCGGAGAAGCCUGCCAAAGACAACAAGAAAGAGGAGGGUGGCAAAAGAGAGCGCCUACGAAAUAAGGAUCGGCCUGCUAUUCAGCUGUACCAGCCGGGGGCCAGAAGCCGCAAUCGAGCUGCAGGAGGAGGAGGAGGAGGAGCCGAAUCCAACUCUGCCGACAAGAAACCAGAUACCGAGACCAAAAAAGUUGCUGACAAAGGGGACGACUGAUCAAAUUUCUACUUAUGGCAUUUAAGUUUGGCGAGGAGAGGGUAGACAGGCAUGUGAGGCUCAGAGCAGCGAUGUGGUGCCUCACAGCGACGUGCACGGCAGAUGAAGCAGGGCCACAUCUGGCCCUCCCAGUCUCAGAGGCAGAGGUGUGAUGGUGGAGCCUUUUAGUGCCUGAAUGUGACCCUCUUUUAGUUUUAUUUGUUAGGAAAGGCACCAGUAACCUUUGGAAAGAGUUUGGCUAUAGGGCACAUUAGGUGAAGCCAUAACUUUCUUUGACGACGUGAACUCAAAGUGACCUUAUUUCAGUAUUGUUUCUCCGUUCAUCCACAUCUCACACUCUAGAUGAUACAAUAACUUCACAGGUGUUUAACUUCUCAAUAACUCAACCCAUCAACUUUGCCAAGCUCAACAAUAUUGUUUCUACACCGUCUUUGAAAGAGUUUUCUGUUGUAGCGUUGCCAUUUUCAGUUUGAAGUGCGCACACGGACAUUACUUCUUACUCUGCCCGGGGAGCGAGACAAUCCAAAUGUAUGUUCAGAACUGUAAUUAAAACGUUCCAUGGCCUGUAACUUUAAAAUAGUCUCACAGGCACAAUAUAUACUGACGUUCAAGAUUAAUUCAGCAACUGAGGAGAAAUAGCCAUUUCUGACUAGACUGCCGUGUGACAGCCAUGCCUGCAUGCAGACUACAAUCAGAGUGAUCAACCUGUGGCCUUCCCCCUUUUCUAAUCUGAAACUCCCCUGAAACAUAUAUCUGUUGCACUAAACUAAACAAAGCAUGAAAACUUAUCACUGCUGGGGACGCUAACACACAGUAGCCCCUUUUCACUGGAAAUAAAAGCGGUCUUUGUCAAAGCUUACGUGUCUUUUUUUGUCUAUUUUGUGGAGAGUUGCUCAGGCUUAAAACACAAGAAAACUCAGAGGUGGUGAGUUUUUACUUUCAAGUUAUUUGCAAUGUUGCAGCAGUUCAGUGUUGUUCAGCCCUUUCAUCAAUUAGAUGCUUUAGGCAAGCCUGAUUAACUGCUGGAUUUAAAUCUUUAGUCCAUGAUAUCUGUUCAGAUGAACAAAAUAUUUUUGAUUUUUUUUCAUUGUUAGCUGUUCAAUUAUAUUUUCUGCAAGUUGUAAUAGCAUACAGUCCUUUCUACAUACUUAAUCCUAGAAUGGACAACUGCUUAAGAGUAAACAUGAACUGUUCCAGAGCUUUGUGUCUUUUCCUCAUGAUUCUUAAUUGUCACUGAAUAGUUAUUUCCAGGAAACCUCCUACAAAAAUACAAACCUGUAAAAUAAGCUUUACACUAUGAUUUCCCAACAUAAAAGUCCUUCCAAGUUUGUCCUUCCAAGCUUUUUCUAUGAAU